ACCAAAACUCAUCAGUAUGGGGAGGAUGAUUAUUUUCUGUAUACUUUUCUUGACUUCCAGCAUGGCGCUGACUGCAGCUCCACACAAAACAGCAAAAUACAAACAGCUUCUGAAGACAAUUAAACUGUUAGAAACCACAGUGAAAGAUAAGGAUGUUGAACUGCUGCAUACACCAGAAAACCCUGUGGAUGGAUGCAUCUUCACAGCUGUGACCUGCUUCCAGAAGGGCACACUGAAAUUACAACCAGAAAACAGCCAAGUAAAUUCUACAUUCAUCCAAACUACUAAAAUCUUGAAAAGAUUUUCCUUCAGUGAUCCUGGAAAGCCAUGUGAGUCUUCAUGUGAAUCUUAUGAGAAAAAAAACCCCAAGGAGUUUUUGAAGAGCUUUGCAAAACUCAUCAAAAAGGUAAUCAGAGUUGAAUCCUCCUGGGUGCUUUUUGACAUUUUGCGAACAAUUAGAGGAAUCUUCUUUAACACUAUUUCUGACAAUGCAUUGUUUUUACAGUUAUUCAAGGACUAA